AUGAAUGCCCCUCCCCGCCACGUUGUGGAAGCACAGUCGUAUGCUCCUCUUAUUAAUUUGGCUUCCAAUCCGCCUCGCUAUCCGAGGAAUCCAUCCAAGGCUCCCCUGAAACCCCUGGUGCUGUAUAUCGUGCGUGUGCCGGGUAAAAGAGACGUGUUCCUUUCCCCGCUCAAGCCUCCGACAGAAUCCAGCAUUUCUCCAGCUCUCAUCGAAGCUGCUCUCUAUUACAUCCAUGUCUCAACCCCGGACGAUAAGGCCGUCCUGCGUGCCAUUGAAGAGGAAAAGCGCCUCAACAAACCACUCCCACGCGUGAACCGAAAUCCUCCUCCCUUUGGUCUAUCGGCUCCCAUCCAAAGAAAACCUGUGCCGGGCACAGAGCUAAAACCGCCCUCCAUUCCCAGGCGACCAGUGUCACCGGAUACAAAUAUUCCUUUUCAAACCGGGGCUGAUAAUGAGGGUCAUCAUCAACCACGAACACGAACACGAAGCCCUCAGGCACCUGGAUUAGCGCCAGGUGGAUCGCCAGAGUCACAGAGGAAUCCCAUCUUGGCCCAACGACCUUUACCCCCUAUUCCUUCAGAUCCUAGCAAACACCUGGACCCCGAGGCAGCCCCGAAUUAUACCGACAACAAGGCGGGAAGUGGUCGAUCGAGACGUGACACACAGCCCGGGAAUCCAUAUGGGGGAAGUGAAUAUUUAACUCCACCGACCGCUCCGCAGUGGCGAGCUAGCUGGGAUGGCGGACAAUCGUCCAUCUUGCUCGGACAAAACCCAUCAUACAAUGUUGGAUACUCACGUCUUUCUCCCGAACGUACCUCCAAGGAUCACCAACGUACGGCCCCCAGUUUCUUCCAACAGGGAGGACGACGGAGCGGUGAUAAAACUAAAGAACCCCCUCCCCCUUUCCACCUGACUCUUAUACGUCGGGACACGACCAACAACGUCCAGUGGAACGUCGGGAACAUCACAAAUUGCAUCUCCCAAUCAUCCCCCGAAGUAGCAUUGGACGGCACGAUAACCAUCGAAAUCCUCACGCUUGGCUAUAAGAAACUAGGUGCUGAGAGCAUCUCUUUCGGCGUAAAAGAGCGCCCAUCCUAUCCCGACCCCACCGCUAAUGACACCACGGACGAUCCGCGAAGAUUCAUCCGCCACCUCACCCUCACCAACCGGCAGAGCCAUCGCGGCCACGGGAGUCAUCACAGCAAUGCAUCAAUCAACAGCCUCCCGCCGCUGAACCAGACUACAGCCACCACCAAAGACCCCCCCUCAAAACCACAGCGAGGCAAAUACUAUACCUUCAAAUCACCCUGGGACGGCACUUGCACCUUCGUCACGGGCCUCAACGGCCGAAGCCUAAAAUGCAAACACACAAUCCCCUUCACACACCCCGCGCUCGCCGGCCUAAAUCUCCAAAAUCUCACCAGCAGCGACGAUGCCAACUACGACCCCAACACCCCGCCCAAUCCGCAUCUGAACCUUCAAAAGCUCCAAUCAGCCCUCGAAGCCUCCGCUGCCGCCGCCGCCGCCGCCGCCGCAGCAGCAGCACAAUCAUCCCCCUCCUCAUCGCCAGAAUCAGUACUGGGCUCCACAGCAACAGCCGCAGAACUCCGGUUCAAUCUACCCAUAUUCUCCACGCCGCAUAAGAACAAUAAUCACCACCAGCAGCACCAGCACCACCAGCAACAGCAGCACCAGCAUCAAUAUACCCAGCACGAAAAAACCCACCACAGCAACACGCAUUACACGCGCAGCAGCAGUACCCACACGCCCGCGACGCGCGCCAUCAGACUGCGCAGCCAAGUCGAGGAGUUCGCCGGCCGGCUGGAUCUGAGUCUGGGCCGCGAGCGGGCGGGCGGCGGCGUGUUUGGCAAGAGCGCGAAGUUGGGUAAGUUGAUUGUGGAGGAUGAGGGGUUGAAGAUGCUGGAUUUGGUUGUGGCGGCGUGCAUGGGGGUGUGGUGGGGGGUUUAUGAUAAUUUGUCUCGGGGGAAAGGGGAAUGA